GUCCGCCAUUAAAUCUAGAAGAAGUUGUCCUAGUGAGCCGUAUGAACCAUGACUCUAGUGAACAUCCAUUUUUCUGACGUCUUUCUACCGUGAUUAACUUGGUUUGGAGCUUCUACCAUUUUCUAGCUUUUGUGUUUUUGUACAAUCCCUCAUUUCCGGCCGAUUAAAGAAGUAGAGUUUUAUGCUGGUAAGGUUCAUUUUUCGCAGCAUGUCCUCCAUUUUAUCUCGUCAUGUAAUCUGGCAGUCGGAGGGGCUGGUGGCCUACCUAAACCCCCAGCCCUGGACUCCAGGCUCUGUGAUCCUGGAGAGCAGUGAUCCAGGCAUCCCAGGAGGCAGCAUCUUCCACCUCAAAGAGUCAGAGUACUUAACCUGGCUGCUGGGGGCGAGGACCGUAGCUGAGCUGCUGUGUGACAGACUGGGGGUUCAGAGGUGUGCUCUGGUUAGCAGACCCCACAGAGAUAUGUCUGCUCAGAUCCGUGUUCUGCCACUUCAUGGUCUGGAUGCAGAGUGGCGCACCCACCUCGCUGGAGAAGAGGAGCACAAUGCUCACGAUCCGGGUUACUGCACCUCCAAGACUGCGCCUCGAUGGAGUGAUGCCAGCCUGACUAAUAUUCAGAACAAAAUCAGGACCAAGCUGCCCCUCCCCAACGCCCCACCUGAUCACACGUUCCUCGGAGAAGAUCCAGCUCACGGCGGCCUUUUCUCGCGUAUCGUUCGUGGGGAGGAGCAGCAGUGGCGUGUGUGGGAGGAUGAAAGACAUGUUGCCUUUCUCACACCGUUCCCCAAUUCUCCUGGCUUCACUGUGCUGGUUCCACGGCGACCUCUGACCUCUGAUAUAUUCAGACUGCAGAAAGGAGAUUAUGAAGCGCUGGUGUUGGCUACCAGGAAGGUGUCAAUGCUCCUGGAGGAGGGACUUGGUGCCUGGGGCGUGGGGCUUAUUUUUGAAGGCUUUGAAAUCGACUACGCUCACACCAAGUUGAUACCGCUGCUUCCACCUUCAUCCUCAGGGAUUGAAACCAAUGCUGCCAAACCUCUGACCUCUCAGUACUACCAUACUUACCCUGGUUAUGUCACUUCACAGGAUGGACCUGAGGCUAACUCAGAUGAUCUGAAGAAGAUGCAUGCUAAAAUUACUAAAGAAUAAUGCUGCAUGCUGUUUAUUUUAAGCUAAUUCAUUUUUACUAAGUAAUUAAUCAGCCUCAACGGCUUCUUUGCGAAGUAUGCUUGUAUUCCUUCAGCAAGCAUAUAAAUUACAUUAAAAUCAAACAAGUAAACUGUUAUUGUUCCAAUAAAAAGAAAAAUAUGUUGACAUUUCAUUCAGAAAUUAAAUAUCUGAUUAAAACCUUGUGGAUACUAACAUCUCAGUUAAGUUAUGCAUUCAUUAAAAAUUGUGAUCUUACAAAUAAGA